AUGCCUGGACAUUCCAAGGCAGGGGUUGCCAGGAUGACAGAGAGGAACAAAGGAACAGUGGGGAGGAGAGCUUACUACAGCACAGGGCUGGACAACAUCAGGACAGGGUGGAGUUCCACCACAGAGGACAGCACAGGGCUGGACAACAUCAGGACAGGGUGGAGUUCCAGCACAGGGCUGGACAACAUCAGGACAGGGUGGAGUUCCACCACAGAGGACAGCACAGGGCUGGACAACAUCAGGACAGGGUGGAGUUCCACCACAGAGGACAGCACAGGGCUGGACAACAUCAGGACAGGGUGGAGUUCCACCACAGAGGACAGCACAGGGCUGGACAACAUCAGGACAGGGUGGAGUUCCACCACAGAGGACAGCACAGGGCUGGACAACAUCAGGACAGGGUGGAGUUCCACCACAGAGGACAGCACAGGGCUGGACAACAUCAGGACAGGGUGGAGUUCCACCACAGAGGACAGCACAGGGCUGGACAACAUCAGGACAGGGUGGAGUUCCACCACAGAGGACAGCACAGGGCUGGACAACAUCAGGACAGGGUGGAGUUCCACCACAGAGGACAGCACAGGGCUGGACAACAUCAGAACAGGGUGGAGUUCCACCACAGAGGACAGCACAGGGCUGGAUAACAUCAGGACAGGGUGGAGUUCCACCACAGAGGACAGCACAGGGCUGGACAACAUCAGGACAGGGUGGAGUUCCACCACAGAGGACAGCACAGGGCUGGACAACAUCAGGACAGGGUGGAGUUCCACCACAGAGGACAGCACAGGGCUGGACAACAUCAGGACAGGGUGGAGUUCCACCACAGAGGACAGCACAGGGCUGGACAACAUCAGAACAGGGUGGAGUUCCACCACAGAGGACAGCACAGGGCUGGACAACAUCAGGACAGGGUGGAGUUCCACCACAGAGGACAGCACAGGGCUGGACAACAUCAGGACAGGGUGGAGUUCCACCACAGAGGACAGCACAGGGCUGGAUAACAUCAGGACAGGGUGGAGUUCCACCACAGAGGACAGCACAGGGCUGGACAACAUCAGGACAGGGUGGAGUUCCACCACAGAGGCUGCACAGCAGGAGAUCCUGAGGAGAUGGUUCUCUUGGAUGUGUGUGGCUCGUUUGGUUUAUGGUUAUAAUGGUCCACACAGGCAGACCACAAUCCACACUAGACCACCAAUCUCCUGGAAUCUCUGUCCAUGUCAGGAGAAUAGCAGCCCCAAACUGUUUCAUAUUACCUUGAAUCUGAGGAUAGUAACAUUUAUUGUUUUGAAACUUCUGUAUGGGUAAUGUUUACUGUCAAUUUUAUUGUUUAUUUCACUUUUGUAUAUUUACCUCACUUGCUUUGGCAAUGUUAACACAUGUUUCCCAUGCCAAUAAAGCCCCUUGAAUUGAA